AUGGAGCUAGAUGUGCAAGGUCUACGAUGUGUGGCUGUAAUCUACGUGGUUUUAUUUCAUCUAUGGCCAACGGUAUUCAUCAACGGAUUUUUGGGAGUUGACAUGUAAGUAACGACAACAGCAGCACAAGAGAUUUUUGGAUUUCGCCCAGUGGUAACAUAUUUCCCACAAUGCGAAAAAAAGUGGAAUGCACUGUGCGCCGCAACAAAAAGUCUACGCAUUUUUGAAAAUCUAUAGUAUCUGACUGUCGGGAAAAUAAUGUUGAUUUGUCGCGCUUUGAUUUUUCUGCAACAAAUCGCCAUUAUUUUCACGACAGAUUGAUGAUUACAGACUCCCGAUAAGGAAGCUGUAGCAUUUUAUUCCAGAUUUUUUGUAAUCUCUGGCUACUUGAUGCAAAAGAUUCUCAGUUCAAAGGAGUAUACAGUCCAGAACGUAAUCACCUUCUACUUCCGGAGAAUCCGCCGUAUCCUCCCCACUUAUCUUACCGUUCUCAUUGUCGUCACAGUCGCUGCGACGAACAUUUUUAUCAACCAAGAGUUCAAAGGGAUCCUUGGUGAACUAAUUCCGGCCGCAACAUUCACAUCUAACGUUUUUAAUCUCCCAGCGCAAGGGUAUUUUGCGGCAAAUAAUGCGUUUCCACUAUUUUUGCACACAUGGUCAUUAUCGGUUGAGAUUCAAUUUUACCUCAUUGUGCCCGGAAUCUAUGCGCUUUAUGAUGUGCUGCGAAAACACGAAAAGAAUGCGGGUCCAGGAGUAAUUGCUGCCAUGGCUGUGCUGAGCUUUGGAUAUCAGGCUCUCAAUGAAAACAGUAAGUGAGCAAGUUGAGAAAGAGCUCCGAGAACUAAAUCACCAUCAUCUUACGUGGUUGCAGAUAUAAACAUUGCUCACAUGAGUCUGUUCUCUCGUAUCUGGCAAUUUCUAUUGGGCUUUCUGAUCGAAUCCAUCAAGCCGGAUAACAAUUACGAAAAACUACCUCAAGAAAAAGAUGAGGCAGCCCCUUUCAACAUUCAUAAUCACUAUUACAUGAUCAAAAACGGCUUAGCAAUAGUACUUUUGAUUCAAUUGGCAUAUCCACCAUCAUUCAUCAUCUGGCUCAACCGACUUUUGUGCACAUCAAUAGCUGCUUUAUUCAUCAUGAUAAAGAGCAACAGUUUCGUCGAGAACCGAGUGGUCGUCUAUGUUGGGGACGUUUCCUAUUCGCUAUAUCUUAUUCAUUGGCCGUUAAUUAUUAUGAGCAAAUAUGUUGGAGCAUGGGCAAUGACUGGACCGAAAGUUCAGGGUAAGUGCAAAUUUGGCGAUUUUGAAGCACAGAAGACAAAGUAUUCUAAACUCCACGGCAUUUUAGAAGGCGUAUUCAUCCUCCAAGCAUCAUUACUGCUGAGUAUUCUACUUGAAAAUGGCUUUAAGAAAGUGUCUUCUCACAUUGAUAACUGGCCAAAGCUCCUCAAACUCUUAACACUAAUCUAUGUCAUUCUAAUGUCCACUGCGUUGUUCAUGUUCACCCAGAAAGCCGACCUCACAGCGAUCAAGCCAAUACACGUAGGAAUGGACAAGGUACCGACAAAAAAUAUGUCCGUCAUGGAAAGAACCCUAUAUUUUUACAAUCACCGCACUAACCUGACCCUUACACAUAAGGAAGCCAUCGAUUACAACGUGCAAGCCUACUCGUACUUCUUGAACUUUAUAACGGAAUGCCGACAAGCCCAUAUCAACAAGUACGGCCCCACCGAACUGACAUAUACUCAAAUUGCGUGUCAAGUUGAGGUAAGAAGUCUGAAGCGACGUUUUCAACGAGCGAGCAAGAUUGUAAUUUUUCCUAUUAGUAUAUGAUACAAUGCAAAAUGGACUGGUUUAUUUCGCAACUAACCUUUUCCUAGUGAAAAAAAAUUAUGACGUAAGGGAAAAUGCUCUAACUUUGUAAACUGAAAUUGCGUUGAACUCAAGAAAAACAUAUGCUGUGACGCCACCAAAAAACUUUCAGGGAACGGGAGACAAGGAAAUUGUGAUAGUUGGCAACAGUUUUGCUCGAGACCUUUUCUUCGGGGUUUGGCCACAAAUGAAGCACAUGUACAAGCGGCUCUCAAUGUAUUGUAUAUCUUGCGUCAUUCCGUUCUACGUCAAUCCGACAACAAAUAAGACCGACUGGGACUUCAUUGGACUUAUUGAGAGGUGGGAUAGACCGAUCGACGUUCUCAUUGUCAGGCAUACGUAAGCAUCAAAGAGUGAUUUUUGAAUAAGGCUCUAAAUUUUAGCUACUACCAAUUACAUACCAAGCCAAAGAAUGUUGGAUGUGCGAUACCCGCGGUGAGUUUAGCGGCCAAUUGCACACCAUUGCCACUAAUGACUUCAAUACAGUGGCGGACGUGAUACAGUGGCAGUAAACGUACCAUUUUGCAUCCGGGGAGUAUCAAAAAAUAAAGCAAAAUACCUCUAUCUCCAAGUGAAAAGACUCCGAUUUCAAAAGCGCGCCCCUCCUUCUGUGAGGGAAAUGGCGCGCCCUUCAAAACGGAGUUUCUUAGUUGCAGAGGGAGGCAUUUUGCUACAUUUUUUGAUAUUUCCUGGAUGCAAAAUGGUACGUUUUUCGCCGCUGGAUCAUGUCGUCACUGUAUCGCGAUCCACAUCAUUUCAGCCAAACUACGUCGAAACGGACAUGCUAAACCAAAUGCAGGCAUUCUACGAUCGGAUCAGCAAACGAGCAAAACUAGUUGUAAUCGGCUAUUCAGAGCAUGAAAGCGAACUCCAAGUUCAAAAACUAACCAAGGCACUAGCCGAAAACCGAGUCCACGAAGUCAACUUUAACUAUACUGUAAGUCACACAGUUUGACGGCACAUAAGAUCAUUGGAAUCAUAAUCUUUAGCUGAACCGACAAAUUGCUGCCAAAGUCAACAAAGUGAUUCAGACCGUGAAAUGCGACAAUUGUAUAAAGGUGGACUAUAUGAAAGGACUCUGCGACUACGUCACGGAUACAUGCUAUGCCGCAACCUUGCAGGGAAUAAUGGUCUGGCUGGACUAUAUCCACGUAACAAUCUAUGGAGCCAUUCUAGAAGCCGACGUAUUGGUUGAUGAAUUGAAUAAACAUGGGAUACAGUGA